GGCUUAGCACGCAGAGUAACAUGAUUUACAGCUUGGAGGAGGACUACACAUUAAAGGCCUUGAGAAUGUCCUGAGUGAAUGCGAUGAGUAAGAAGGAGCUGAGUUGGCUAUAUUUGUCUUGGAAUUCUGAUUCUAAUUCAAUAUGUAUUAAUCCUGAAAGAGUCCCCCUAAUCUCAAGAAUUUCGGAAUUCAAGGUUACAGGGGAUUGCAAUUUCCUAGUUGGAUGGGAAAUACUAGCAUCUUUUCAAGCUGAGUUAUUGUUAUACUCUUUGAUUUCAGAAACUGUGAGCAGAUUCCUCCACUUGGUAAAUUACCACAUUUAACGAGUCUUUAUGUACGGGGAAUGAAAGAUGUGAAGUACAUCGAUGAAGACUCAUAUGAUGGAGUAGAGGAGAAAGCCUUUAAGUUCCUAAAGAAACUAAAUUUGUUAGGGUUGCCAAAGUUAGAGAGGAAUGUAAGGGACGAAGGAGUUGAGAUGCUCCCACUUGUUUCGGAAUUAAGGAUUGAAGUUGCCACCCCUUCAAUCUCUUUCAUUCCAUUUGUUAGAUUGGCCAUACAUUGCUCACAUCUCUCACAUCCGAUCUAUUCAAAUGUAGAUGGAACACGAUGAAGAUUAAUACUCGUUCUCGAUCUCUAAAAUUUGAGUUUGACCAAAUUGUUGAAGAUCUCUGAAUCAAAAGUGCACAUGUAGAUGUAGCAAGCAACGAAGCAAAGUAGAUUAGCAUCACAACCCUGAGGUUGCAGCGUAGGCAUGAGUCCAUGCAAUCACACUUGAAGAAAGUAGUUUUCGGUUCUAUCAAGAUUCCCAACUUGCUUGACCUUUCAUAUUCAAGUUCACAUAUUUGAAGAAGUGUUUUGCUGUUAGUUUUGCAUUGAAGUACCACCUUCUCAUAUUCUGCCCCUCAAGCAAAGUGGCUCUGGUGUGUGUUUUCCAUUGACCUUAUGAGACAACAUACAACGUUGGAACUUUAGCUAAUUUCAUAUUCGUUUAACUAAUACUCAUGAAAUAAAGAAUACAUUAUAUUUUGCAAUCAUUUGUAGUGAAUAUUGUCUUUGGUAGUAUACUAAAUUGAGGUAAUAGGAAGGAAGGGAAAUGCGGGAAUGUAAAGAAUUAGGCUUAGAUGGCACAACAAGAAGAGAUAAAAUGGCAAUAGCUUUGAGGGGUCACUUUGUUCUCUCUUUUAAUUUAUAAAAAAUAAUAAAUAGAUAUGAUCUGAUAGCUCCAAAGAAUUUGUCUUUUCUGUUAAUUUGAGACUGAUGAGAAUGGUCAUGGGGGCCAGGACUUAUGGAGGUUUGGAGUUGGAAAGCAAGGAGGAUGAUAUUGUAAAUUAAUUUAAACAUAAUUUCAUAAUUACAUGUGUUAAUUUUAUAAUAAACCAUUCCGAUCUUUGAUUACAAGAAUUAAUGGCAAAGAUGGAAAUUGCAUGUAACACACAAACAUGGUAGGAGCAUGUAAGAAUUCACCUCUAAUCAUAUAUGUAUAUAUGCAUACUCACAUGGAAGACAUAUGUUUACCAAGGUCUGCUUAAAAAUACUAAAAAAUUGUCACAACCACCCACCAAAUGCCUCUGUUCUUGAAACGUAGGCCUACCCCAAUCAUUUUUUUAUUCUUCUAUUAUGUUUUCUAAUGGCUGGUUCUUUGGGAGUAAUGAGCACGAGAUUCCAAAACUAUGUUAAAGUGAUUUAAAUUGCAAUUUGUGAAGUUGCAUGUUUGACGCAUUCACAUUCUCCCACAAAAACAGUUUCAUAAUAGUAGAUUUAUCUACCUUCCUCUUACUGCAACACCAAACCAGUGUCAUAAUAUAGUCAACUUGCAUGUGCAUAGCAUUCAGUCCAAUAUAUGAGCUUUCAUUCGUUCUAGCUUUUCAAAUGGCUGAAUCUCUACUUCAAAUGGUGAUUGAAAACUUGCAAGCUUUUGUUCAGGACGAGCUUGCAACUCUUUGGGGCGUCCACUCGCAGAUUCAAGAGCUGUCAGGGAACCUUGCUGCAAUCCAUGCAGUGCUCCAAGAUGCUGAGGAGAAGCAGAUCAGAGAGCGUGCUGUGAAGCUUUGGCUGCAGAAGCUUUCAGAUGCAGCACACGUGCUUGAUGAUAUCUUAGAUGAAUGUUCAAUAGAGUCCAACCGUCUACACAGUGAGCAGUGCUUAACUCGUCUUGAUCCUGUGACCAUUAUGUUUCGUCGGGACAUUGGUAAGAGGAUGAAAGAGAUGGUUGACAGGUUUCGUCAAAUUGAUGAAGAAAGGAAAAGGUUUGAAUUGCGUGGAAGAGUUCCAGAGAGGCAACAAGAAGAUGAAGCAUGGCGCCAGACAUGUUCUGGUAUCACUGAGCACAACAUCUAUGGAAGGGAGCAAGACACAGAAAAUAUUGUGGAGUUUCUUUCAAGGAGUGCUGAUAGCAGUAACAACCUCUCUGUUUAUCCAAUUGUUGGCAUGGGGGGCCUUGGAAAAACAACACUUGUUCGAUGGGUUUACAAUGACAAGAAGGUAAUUGAACAUUUCGAUCUGAGAAUUUGGGUUUGUGUUUCCACUGAAUUCAAUACCAUGAGAAUUCUAGAGUCCAUUGUGGAAUCUACAAGUGGACAUAACCCGAACCUCUCUACUUUAGAAGCAAUGAAAAACAAAGUUCAAGAAAUACUGCUAGGCAAAAGGUAUUUACUUGUUCUAGACGAUGUGUGGAGCACGGACAAAUGGGAGGACUUGAAGUCUGUUUUGCUUUGCGGAGGUGGAACAAAAGGUGCUGCAGUUUUGGUCACUACCCGAGUUGAGAGUGUUGCAUCUGUCAUGGGAACAUGCCCUGCUCAUCACUUGUCACCAUUAUCCGAGGAUGAUAAUUGGUUAUUGUUCAAAUACCAUGCAUUUGGAUCAGACAAAGUGGAGCGCACAGAGCUUGUGGCAAUAGGCAAGGAGAUUGUAAAGAAAUGUGGUGGUUCCCCUCUUGCAUCUAAAGCACUUGGAAGCCUUUUGCGCAAUAAAAAGGAGGAAAUACAGUGGGUGAAUGUAUUGGAAAGUAAGUUUUGGGACAUACUUGAGGAUGAUGCUAUUAUUGUACGUGCUUUGAAAAUCAGCUACUUCAAUUUGAAGUUGUCAUUAAGACAAUGCUUUGCUUUUUGUGCCAUUUUCCCCGAAGAUUUUCGAAUGGAAAAGGAGCAACUUAUUCAUCUUUGGAUGGCCAAUGGUUUGAUCAAAUCCAAAGGGAAGUUGGAGAUUGAGGAUGUUGGUAAUGAGGCUUGUGAGGAAUUAUGUCAGAGAUCAUUUUUCCAAGAAGUUGAGAUUGAUGCAUUGGGAAGAACUACAUUCAAGAUGCAUGAUUUAUUUCAUGAACUUGCCCAAUCCAUAAUGGGCGAAGAGUGCAGAGUUUAUGAUGAGUCUGCAAGCUUGACCAAUUUGUCUACAAGGGUCCACCAUGUCACUUGUUUAAAACCAGAGAUAGAGUUAAACAUGGAUCCCUUCAAGAAAGCAGAAUCCUUGAGGAGUAUGAUUAUUCUUCGUCAAUUUGAUUAUCAUCGCAAUCUUCAUGGGUUGCCACCAUUCAAUUCUCUCCGUGCACUAUGUACAAAUGCUUCUCAACUCUCAGCACUGAAGAGUUUAACGCAUUUGAGGUACCUGAAUCUGCGUAGCAGCGGUAUCACAACACUGCCUGAAUGUGUUUCGAGGCUACAAAAAUUGCAGAUUCUGAAGUUAGAAAAAUGUCUAUAUCUUUCUUGUUUGCCCAAACACUUAACACAAUUGAAGGAUCUUAGACAUCUCCUAAUUGAAGAAUGUGAUUCAUUAGUAGAGAUGCCUCCGAAUAUCGGCGAGUUGAAAUGUUUGAAAACAUUGAAUCUUUUUAUUGUGGAUACAAAGGCAGGGUAUGGGUUAUCAGAGUUACGUGAUUUACAGCUUGGAGGCAAACUACGCAUCAAGGGGCUUGAAAAUGUCAUAAAUGAGGGUGAUGCUAGAGAUGCUAAUUUGAGUGCUAAGAAGAAGUUGGAAAAGUUAUACCUGUCAUGGGGCUCCUCUGAUUCAAGGUGUGGUGCCAAUGCUGAGAGAAUACUUGAAGCGCUUGAGCCUCCCUCCAAUCUCAAGAGUUUUGGGAUGAAUGGUUACAGCGGAGUAGAGUUGCCUAGCUGGAUGCAAAAUACUUCAAUUCUUUCCAGCUUAGUUAUGGUGAUACUCUAUGAUUGCAAGAACUGCAAGCACGUACCUCCACUUGGUAAACUACCACAUUUAACCGUUCUUUAUGUAUCUGGAAUGAAAGAUGUGAAGUACAUUGAUGAUGACUCUUAUGAUGGCGUGGAUGAGAAGGCAUUUAAGUCGUUGAAGGACCUGACCUUAUUGAAGCUGCCAAACUUGGAAGGGAUGUUACGAGAUGAAAGAGUAGAAAUGCUUCCACUUCUUUCUAAAUUAAAGGUCUCAUGUGUCCCUAAGAUUAAGUUGCCACUCCUUCCAUCUCUAGAGUACAUUUGGAUUGACGGAACAGGGUCAGACUCUGAUCAUAGUGAUAGUGAAGACAUGGCUUUGUCUUUCCCGGAAUCUAUUGUGGAGAAUAUGCAUCGUGUUAAGGUCCUCCAUAUUAAACACUUUCCUACACUCAAGGCAUUACCCCAUGAACUAGGCAGCCUUAAUUCACUACAAGAGUUAAAACUCAACUAUUGCGAUAGACUCGAGUCGUUUUCAGAGAACGUGGUGCAAGGUUUGAGUUCACUUCGAACUUUGAGUAUUGGUUGUUGUAAGGAACUGAAAUCUUUGUCUGAAGGUGUGAGACAUCUAACUUGUCUGGAGCGCCUUGAUAUCAUAUACUGUCCGAAGCUGGUGACUCUACCGAGUAGCAUGAAUCAGCUAGUUUCCCUUCGUCAUAGUUACAUCAAUUCUUGUGAUACAUUGCCAGAAGGCUUACAAAAUGUGCCUUCCCUCCAAAGUUUGGAUGUGUAUAACAUACGUUCAAUUCCUGAGUGGUUGGGGGACUUAACUUCUCUUCAAAAGUUACAUCUCGACUGUAAGGGGUUAAGGUCACUACCCAGUAGCUUCCGAAACCUGACAAACUUGCGUGAGCUAUCUAUUCGUGGGUGUCAUAAGGAGCUGCAGAAGCGAUGCACCAGAUUAACAGGACAGGAUUGGCAAAACAUUGCUCACAUCCCACAAUUCAAACUGGUUCCCAUUCAUGAAGAGACAUUUUCUGAUAAAAUCAGAUCCAAAUGGAGAUCAUGGCAGCUAAGAAGAGAUCGACGUCGUCAUCAUUUCGCUGAAGCUGAUACAUUUGACCAUCUGGUUGAAGCGCUCUUUUAUUGGUACAAAAUGUGAAAAUGGAUGAUGAUUGAACCCUGAUCAUGAGGUCAGAAACAUUGGAUGGAAUCGUUAGCAUUGAAUUCCAUCGCUCUCUCACACUCUGUAAAACUGUAAAUAGAACUCCAGAUAGAUAUUAGUACUCUUAUCUGUUGCAUUUUUAUCAUCCUGUUAUU